CCGUCAAAAGAAGGAGGAGAAGAAGAAGAAGAGGAGGAAGAAGACGAAGAAGAAGAAGAAGAAUGGCGGCGAGAAGCGCGACCAGCCGCUGCAGGACGGCUCGGGACAAAUAAAGGGUCAAAUAAAGCCGAAGCACUUCCUGUCCCAUAUGGGGGGCGGCAGGCCGGCGGUGGAGGUGGUGCGUCUGGGCCUGGUCUCCUACCGGGAGGCUCUGCGGCUGCAGCAGGUCUACGUAGACCGCCACCGGUCCGGUCCGUCACACGCUCUGCUGCUGUGUCAGCAUCCUCCGGUCUACACCACCGGGAUCCGCCACAAACCGUACCCUCCCCCCCUGCUGGACGGCCUCCGGCGGCUGGGGGCCGAGGUGCACAACGCCAACCGAGGCGGACUCAUCACCUUCCACGGGCCAGGUCAGCUGGUCUGUUACCCGGUCCUCCACCUGGGAAGCUUCAAGAAGAGCGUCCGCUGGUACGUGUCCCAGCUGGAGCAGACCACCGUCGCGGCGUGCGGCCGGCUGGGCGUGGCGGCGUCCUCGUCUCCUCUCACCGGCGUCUGGGUCGGAGAGAACAAGAUCUGUGCCAUUGGAAUCCACUGCGGUCGCUACGUCACCUCUCACGGCUUGGCGCUGAACUGCAACACCGACAUGUCGUGGUUCAGCCACAUUGUGCCCUGCGGCAUUGUGGGUAAAGGAGUGACGUCUCUGAGUGCCGAGCUGCGGAGAGAUGUCGGCGUGGAGGAGGCCAUCCCCCACCUGUUGGAGGCCUUCAGGGACCAGUUCCACUGCCAGCUGAUGGACUCCAGAGACUAGAUGUUCUGCUGAGACACGGGGCAUCCUUCCUGAGAACAUUUACAGACUGCCCUUUAAUAUCUGUAAUUGUUUGAUUUAAUAUACAGAUGUAACGUUGUCCUUUUACCCAUUGAUUAGACUUUGUACCUAAACACAUAAAGACAUUGUGUUAUGAGGCUUUGUGUCCAUAAUGGGUUUACAUGAAGCUCUGCUGCCCUUCGUUAACAGAAAUAUAUAAAUCAAUGUGUACAUCAAAGUGUCAGAAA